UUUUGUAAACUAAUCAAAAACAAUUUACGGAGAAGAAUUGUUUUCCAAGAAGAAAUUGGCAAACCAAACCAAACCAAAAAAAUAGUCGUUAUUGUAGUAGUGUAAUAGACCGUUGGAUUGGGACCAAACCAAACCAAAUCAACGGAGCUUCACUAAUUGUUUUCCAAGAAGAAUUGGCAAACCAAAAAAAAUAGCCGUUAUUGUAGUAGUGUAAUAGACCGUUGGAUUGGGACCAAAAUAACAUUAAAUUUAAAAAAAUUAAAAUAAUGAAUGACGAAAGAUCCGUUACGAAAGUAAACCCCUUUAUCCGCUCUCUUUCUCUCUCUCUCUCAGUUCCCGUGCCUCUCUGUUUUGACUUUGCGUUCAGACAUUCACCAAAUAGACAGACAACAAGACCCAAACCGAAGAGAGAGUUCGCGUUUAUGUUCUUGUCCGUAACCUAAAAAAAAAAAAAGACAUUCUAGAGAAAUUGAGAUCGAGAAAAGGAUAUAUAGAGAGAGAAAGAGAGAUCUGGGUUUCUUGAAGCUGCUGGAUCUUAUGGGUGGUUUUAUAAUUACAAAGAUUUGAGAUUUUUUUAAAAUCUUCGAAACCCAGUUUUUAGGGGCAAAGAGAGAUUUUGUUUUUUUGGGGUUAAUUUAGCUGAGAAUUGCAAGAAAAGUAUAUAGAAGAAGAAGAUGGUUGCAAGAACCCCACAAAAGCAGAGGAAAGUGACGAUGGUGGUGCCAUCUCUCAACUCAGAUCUUCUCAAGGAAACUAUCUGCAAGGUUGAUAAAUGUAUGGAAAGACUGCAAGAGCUACAAUACACAAUUGCUGGAGGUACCAAAGUUGUAUCUGGAGUUAACCUUAGCCCUCGAAGUACCAGAACUUAUCUGAAGACUAGUCUUAGAUGCAAGCAAGAAACUCUUAGGAUCAAGAAUGCUACUCAUAAGAAAUCUCCAGUAGGGAAGUUUCCAGCUUCCUCACCAGGAGAUUGGAGGAAAAUGUCACUCCCAGCAAUGCUACUUGGUGAGACUGUGAAUGAAAUCUUACAAGCUUCACAGGUCACAAGAGACAUUGUAGAUGCCAUAGCACCAAAGGAGAGUAGAAAGAUCAGGAGAUUAGCAAUGUCAGAAGAAGAUGAUGGACCCAAAACACCCGAGACACAACGUAAAUCCCGGGAACAGAACCCUGAAACUGUCAGUACCAACAUCAAAGCGAGAAGGAAGAGAGAGAAGCAGAACAGACGAUCAGAAUCAGAUUAUCCUCCUUCUCUUCAAAAGGCACGGUCAAGAAUUGCGUUCAGAACCAUCUCCCCACAGAAAACAGCAGAGAAGGUUCAAGUCAAGGGAAAUGGUGACAAUAGCUUUCGUCAUUUGGCUAACAGGGUUUCACCAAAGCACAAACCUUGGGUUAAAAAGGCGGUUCUUUUUCCAAACCCUCUGUUUAUUUCCGGUACCGCUACACACCAGGCCAAGUUCAGUAGAACAAUGUCUCCGGUCAUAGCCAGAACUGAGAUAUCAAGCAUCAAGAACAAGAAAGAGACUCCUCACAAGUUCUUGAUCAAAUCUCCUCCCACAUCAGCAUCUAAGUUUCAGGUCAAGAUCAAGAGCCCACCUAAGGUCUUGGUUUCUCCUACAAGAAAUGGCAGUAACUUGACUCGGAAGUCACCUAGAGGCUCCAGUUCUCCUACAAGAAACGUUACCAUAGGAAAGAAGUCACCUACAGCGUCGAUUUCUCCUGUUAGAAACUUGGGAAAGAGGUCUCCAAAGCUAUCAACAGCAGCUAAGCUCAGAAGAUCAUUUACUCCUACGAGAAAUGGCAGUAACUCGGCCCGUAAGCCGUCCAUUUCUCCAAAAAGAGUCACGCUUCAAGCAUUUCUUUCUCCGGCAAGAAAUGGUAACUUUCAUAAGAAGUCACCCAAAGCUUCGAUUUCUCCUACUAGGGUGAACAAGUCGCAGAAGCUGUCAACGGCUGCAAAGUUCAGGAGGUCGUUUUCGCCAUCGAGACUAGCGAUGAGGCUGGUGUCUCCAAUGAAGAGCAGGAAAAGUGUGGCCAAGUGUGAUGAUCAUGAGAUGGUGAGUGGAUUGAAACAGCGUCCGGUUUUGGUUCCUAAAAGAUUCUCGAUGGGGAGAAUCUAGUAAAAGACUUACUUUGUAAUUCAAUCAGACAUUCUUUGAUUUCUAAUGUGUUUAAAUUUGUGUGAUGUUGAGAA